AUGUGUAUUGAAGUCGACUUCAAAUUCCACAUCGACAUGGGCGGGGAGAGAUGGAUCUGCCCUAAUGCGUCCUACCGGAGGUGGCAGCAGGUCCUGUUCGCUCAAGUCCUUGACCAAGAUUACUCAACCGGCGUCGCUCGACGUCGUUCCAAGCCCACGAUAUCUCAUAAGAGGGGUUGGGCGAUACCACUUCACGGAGAAGAGCCAGCAGAGGAGAGAAUCCUUGACCACAGGAACUUCCCCGGCAUUGCGCUGAUCAAGCCGCCGAUAUACGACUCGAAAUGCGCCAGGGGACUGCUGGUCAGCCCUUCCCGAAUGAGAGUUUUCUUCGCUAUAAUAUCGUCGACCAUGAUGCGGAAAGGCGUCUUGAAUGCGUUGUUCGCGGCCCAGACCCAGGUGUUCAUCGUGGUCUUGAUGUCGUCUACUGUGCUGGUGCGAAAGGCAUCAUCGAGGAUCGAGAACAUGUACAUCGGUGUCAACAGCAACUAG